AUUGAAAUAUUUAUUUUCUUUUGUAAAAAUAUGGUCCAGUUACAGAUUCGGGGUGUGGAUAUUGAUUUUCCUUUUCCACCAUACGACUGUCAAGUUUCUUAUAUGGAGAAAGUUAUUCAUUGUUUGCAAGAGAGAAAAAAUGGUAUUCUUGAGAGUCCAACUGGGACAGGAAAAACUCUUUGUUUGUUGUGUGCAACACUAGCAUGGAGAGAAACGUUUGUGGCUCAAAUGCAGCUUAACCAGAGACUUUCGUCUGAUCAAGUUGGUUCAGAUUAUGUGCAAGCUUUGGGUGAAGAACUACAACAAGCUGCUAAAGGAGAUUCUUGGGGUGCAUCAGAUGGCCAUGACAAAGGCUCAUUUUUUGAACCACCAAGAAUUCUAUACUCCUCAAGAACACAUUCCCAAUUGUCACAAGCUGUGCAGGAACUAAAGAAUACAAUAUACAGGCCCAAAGUCAGUAUUAUUGGUUCACGUGAACAGCUGUGUAUCAACAGUGAUGUACUAAAGCAAGAAAAUAACUCGGCUAAGGUUCACACAUGCAGAGCAAAAGUUCAGGCUAGAACAUGUCACUUUUACAACAACCUGGAAGCCAACAAGGCCAAUAAAGAUUUUACUCAAGGUAUCCUUGACAUUGAAGAUUUGGUGGAACUUGGACAGAAACACAGAGUAUGCCCUUACUAUAUGGCGAGAGAAUUAAAGACUAGUGCAGACAUUAUAUUCAUGCCUUACAAUUAUCUACUGGACCUCAAAUCAAGGAAAGCAAAUAGUGUAGAUAUUUCUGGCAGCAUUAUACUCUUUGAUGAAGCACAUAACUUGGAAAAGACUUGUGAAGAAACUGUGUCAUUUGACCUGACAUCAUUUGAUAUAGCUUCAUGUAUAGAAGAUGUAGCACAGUGCAUUGAAUUUAUUGAGUGCCGCGAACAUAAUGAAUUGCAGGACACUAAUGAUGCAGCAGCUGAUGUGGAUAUUGACAAAGGAGACCUUGCUCGCCUUAAGUCACUUUUUAUUGAACUUGAGAAUUUGAUAGAUAUGCAAGAACUGCCAAACGAUGGAAAUGGUUUAACUAAACCUGGCAGUUUUAUGUUUGAGCUUCUUGCCAAACUCAAUAUCAAUUUUUCCACCAAAGAUCAAGUCUUAGAGCUUAUGGAUAAGUGUAAUACUCUCUUAGUUGGAGAUACGAGGAAGAUCAGGGGAAAACACUUUGCCUUGCAAAAAUUUUGUGAUGCUUUGCGGGUUGUGUUUAGUAAAGAUGCAGCACAUCAUUCUUCCAGUGUAGAUCCAGCUAGGUUUUUCAAGGUUCACAUUCAGCUUGAGCCAGACAGUAAUAAGAAAAAAAAGAAUCUGGAUGUAUGGACAACAGGAUCAAAGAUUUCCAAACAAGGGAGGACAUUAAGCUACUGGUGUUUCAGUCCAGGACAUGCUAUGAAGGAUCUGAUGUCAUGCGGAGUGCGUACAGUGGUACUUACAAGUGGAACCCUAUCACCUCUCGCCUCCUUUAGAACUGAAAUGCAGAUUUCCUUCCCGAUUCAACUGGAAAACCCUCACGUUAUUGAACGACAUCAGAUGAUGGUUGGCGUUGUGACUAAAGCACCUGAUGGAGCCACCUUAAAUUCUUCUUAUGCAACAAGGUUUACUACAGAAUACAUGUCAGGUCUCGGCAACGCAAUAGUUAAUUUCUCCAGGAUUGUGCCUAAUGGCCUUUUGGUGUUUUUCCCCUCCUAUCCUGUGAUGAACAAGUGUUUGGAACACUGGCAAAAUUGUGGGACUUGGUCAAGAUUAGAGCAACAUAAACCUCUCUUUGCUGAACCAAAAGGAAAAGGCGACUUUAUUGAGACAAUGGAGCGGUUCUAUGAGAAGAUCAACGAUCCUAACUACAAUGCUGCCACGUUUUUUGCUGUUUGCCGCGGAAAGGUCAGUGAGGGACUGGACUUCGCUGACGUCAACGGCCGCGCCGUAGUUAUAACAGGUCUUCCUUUCCCGCCGAAAAUGGAUGCAAAGGUUCGGCUUAAGAUGAAUUUCUUGGACGAAAGUCUUAAGAACGGGAAAAGUUCUGGGGGUUUGAGUGGCCGGCAGUGGUACCGUCAACAGGCUUCCAGAGCUGUCAAUCAAGCAGUGGGACGCGUCAUACGUCACAAACAGGAUUUUGGCGCCAUUUUACUUUGUGAUGCUCGGUUCACAUACCCGGAUGCACUUCAGCAGUUGCCGUGUUGGAUGAGGCCUUACGUGAAAGUUUACAAUGAGUUUGGUUUAGUUCAAAGAGAUCUUAUACAUUUCUUUCGCGCUGCUGAUAAAAUGGUGGACAAGUCCUCGAUGAAGGCGAAAACGUUUAAAAAGAAUUCUGCCCGGGGAGAAAAUACGUGCCCGUCAACAGCUACUGACGAAAUAACAUCACAUCUGGUAACAGACGAACUGAUCUCUCAGAAGAAUAUAGGAAAGGAAUCCGCAGCUAGAUUGACAAACCAGAAUAGAGAAGCACCCGUGUCGUCACUGCGUCUCAAGUAUGUGUACAAGUCAGCUGCAGUAAAAGAUGAGGCCAACACAACAAAACAAGCGAGUCUAAUUGAAUCGUUGACAAAUUCAGAGACUACUCGGCAAGUUGAUUUACAUAGAGAAAGUCCUGAUCCAAAGGAAAGAACGCUUUCUGAAGCGAUAAUGAAGAGAAAAGACGCGCAGAAAACGUCAUUCAAGCCAAAGAAAGUUCUGAAGGUGGUUCGCCGCAAUGUUGAAGAAGAGAUGCCGAGACAGAGUGGCCAUCAACAAAUGCCAGUGUCAUCCAAAGCUCAGAAACUUAAUGAAGCUAAGAUGUAUAUAAUAAAGGUGAAAGAAGCACUGAGUGACGAGCAUUAUAGACGAUUUUCUCAUAUUUUGAACGAAUACAAGCAGAGCCAUGACUUGGACUCUCUCAUCAAUGGACUUAGACCGCUGUUCACAAGAAAUGAAGCGCAGUAUCCGUUAUUGCUCGGUUUUUCGAGUUACAUUCGGGACCCAAAAGACAAACUACGUUUUUUCGAGGCUUACAGAGACACCACGGGCUUAGACGUGCCCUUACACUACAAGGCUAGCCUUGCAACUGGAAGGAGAGAAGAGCCGCGGCCAGAAAAUGACGAUUGUAGAAUUGGCAAAAAAAGAAAAACAGAAGAGAACGAUCAAAUGCUUACUACGGAACAGAAUAGAAAAUUGGCAAAAACACAAGUGUCAGACAAGGUUUGCAAGGCUGGACAUGCUGCAAGUCUGACAAGUACCAACUCUGACCUCCUGAACGUCACUAAACAUUUAAAUGGAGGAAACUCAUAGCAGAUAGCAUGUCGACUAAAUACUGAAUUUAUAUUGUAAUCUGAAAGUUGCAAGGUCAUCUAUGCAUGUCCAAGAAAAGGGUUUCACCUAGUUAUAUAAUAGUAGUCAUAUAUUUAUUUUUCUUCAAUAAAUUGAAUAAAUGUUU